UUAGCUAAGGUCAAAAACUUCUCAAUUUGAUUUGGUUAGGGGGAACUUCAACUUCUUCCUACAUAACGCCACCUUCCACCGAUACGGUUUCAAGUUUCAACUCAUCAAAGUUUCUCAAACCAUCAUCCAUUUUUUUCUUUUUGUUUUUUUUUACACAAUCAUCCAUUUUUUUCUUGCAUUGCCUUUUCGACGAAUUUCUGCAAAAACGCACCAACUCAUUCAUUUCGAUUUCCAUUAUCUCACCCAGUUGUUUUUCGGUCAUCUUGUCUAUUGUUGAAUUUGUGUGAUAAAUGGAUGAUGAAACAGCUCCAGAUUUACUUAGUGAUCUGCCACUUAGCAUAAUUGAGAUUAUUCUUAGCUUACUGCCUAUAAGAGAUGCUAUUAGAAUGAGCACAUUGUCAACUAAAUGGAGGUAUAGAUGGGCAAGCCUUCCACAGCUUACUUUCUGUGACAAAUGUGUCAGUUCUGUGCCGGACAAGUCGGCUGUCGAAAACAAGCUUAUAAAGUUUAUUACCCAUGCCCUUUUUCUCCACAAAGGCCCCAUUCAUAAGUUUAAGAUUUGUACUUCGAUCUUGCAAAGUUGCCCUGAUAUUGAUCAGUGGCUACUUUUCCUCUCGAGGAAUGAUGUUAGGGAGCUCACCCUUGAAUUGAGUGAUGGUGAGUGGUUCAGGGUGCCAACUUGUCUGUUUUCUUUCAAGAAAUUGACUCUUUUGGAGCUUUGUCGAUGUGAAUUGGAUCCUCCGCCUGGGUUUAGAGGGUUUAUAUGCUUGCGUACCUUGACACUCAAUCAAGUUUUGGUGACACCUGAAGCAAUUGAAAGCCUAAUUACUAAUUGUCCUCUACUUGAGAGUUUAACAUUGUCAUACUAUGAUGGUUUGGACUUGAAUGUCAAUGCCUCUAAUCUUAAGUACUUGCACCUAGAAGGCGAAUUCAAAGAUUUAUGCCUCGAAAAUACCCCAAUGCUGGAAGAAGUCUCUAUCUCUUUGUAUAUGAACACAGAUGAAAUUCAGGAGCAUUUUGAGCAACUUUCAGGUUGCAAUUUCGUCCAGUUUCUUGGUGGUGUGCCCAAUCUCAAAAGGCUAGCCGGACAUGUCUACUUUACAAAGUAUUUAAGCAUAGGCAUUGAGCAGUGGACACCAUCACUGACUUACAGCCAUCUAAAGAUCAUUGAAUUAAACCAAGUAAGUUUUGAGGACAUGAAAGAGUUACUGGUUGUUCUUCGCCUGAUUACAAACUCCCCAAACUUGCAGGAGCUUCAGAUCUCUGGUUCUUCAAACACAAAUGUCAUACUGGAAGCACCUAACUUAGACUUUUGGGAGGCAGAAUGUCCUCCAGAUUGCACAUUCAAACAGUUGAAAACCGUGAAGAUGACAGAUAUGUAUGGAGUGCCUCAUGAGAUGGAAUUGAUAAAAAUUUUACUGGGGAACUCUCCAGCUCUUGAAAAGAUGAGUAUAGUGCCCUGUGUAUAUGUUACAGAGUUAAAAGUGGAUAUGCUGGUAGAAUUAGUAAGACUGCGACGAGCCUCUCCUCUAGCUGAAAUUCAGUUUAUCCAAGAAUGAAUAUUGUGCAUUUUUAGAAUGCAUUCCCUCAGAAUAUAAGGUACACCAGGAAGCCAAUUUAAUUCAUUCCCUCACAAUAAAAAAAAACUCCAUGAAACCAUUCUUUUCCAAAAUGUCAUGUAUGAAAUUCUCUGCAUUGCAUGUACAUUUUAUAUGAUAGUAAAAACUGUGGACGCAUAAUUUCUCUCCAAAAAAUUUAAGUUUGAAUGUGCGCCAUUUCUGAUUACAGUAACCUGAAUUACUGUAAUUCUGUCGACUAUGUAACUGCAAAGAUAGAAUCAUCAAGGGAAAAGUGAGGUUGAUUUGCA